CUCUGCCUUUCUUUUCUCAGCCUGUUUAGCGGGGCGAGCCGUUACAAGUAACGCUGGAAGUGAUACUUUUGGCUGCGAUUUCUCUGCCAUUGUUCAGCAAACUCCUGCUAACUCGGUAUUUCUGCUGAGGAGUGUGCUGAAUAUUUCCAGCAACGGUGACACGUGGUGAGUCCACGCAGGGAGGAGGGAGGGAGGGACGGAGGGGGGCUCGGGCAGGACGAGACAUGAAGGCAUCUGAUUGGUUCUUUCCAUUCACACCGAAUAGCAGGGAUUGGUCAGAGUUUUUACAGGCCUGCAGCUGCCACAGAGGUCUGAUUUUUUUCAUUCCUUUUUCUGAACACAUUAUAUAUUGACUACUCUCAGGAUGGAAGGACCAUUUCACCCAGUAUAACAAGAAGUGUUUCUGAACAGGAUUACCAACUAUAACUUUAAAGAGAUGCUCGUAAAACUGUUGACGGAACACCUCGAACUGCAAACAAGGUAAAUUAUGACUCUUUCUAUUAUGAUUUUUUUUUUUUUUUUGUGAUCAAUUUUUUAUUUAUCCAUCGCUUACAUAAUAGGGGAGGAGCAUCCCCACAGCUAAAGAAAAAACAAACAAUUAUUUAUAUACUGGGGAAAAAAACAAACAUAUUCACAUCCAUGAAACCAGCACAGCAAAACAACACCUGCUCCGGUGCCUGGAGCAGGUGUUGUCAAACAUCUCUCAGACAUAAAAAGGAAACUGAACAACUGCUAUCUCCUCCAUCAUGAUGAUAUCCACAGAGACAGCACAGCAUAUACAUAAGAUAUAUGUAUACAAAUGAACUAUUAUGAAUUUUUGAGCCAUGGUGGUUUAAUAUAUGUAAUAGUUUCAGCGGGCCACAUACCACAAAAGUAAACCCAGAAACUAGAAAAAAAAUUUCGCGCAUACACCAGGCUUGGAGACUAAAAUCAUCAGAGAUAUAAGUGCCAUCAAUGCGAGACUUGUGCAUUGUAAAAAAAAACGAUUCACGUGCCGCACUGAAAACGAAGGUCGAGACCCUCCAUGGGGCCCUCGGUCGGCUCCGGGGUAAAAACAUCACAGACGCCUGCGACGCAGAUCUAAAAUACGAGAUUUUUAAAGUGAACUUGAAGCUGACUGAGGCUAACGACAAACUGAAAAAGACUGCUGACAACCUUGGUGCCGCAAAUCAGAUAAUUCGGGACCUUAAGCACCAGCUUCAGGCAUAUAAUCUGAAGCAGGUCCGGACUGCAAAGGCAAACGAGGACCUCCGUCGUCAGGUGGAGAAGGCUCAUGAACAGCUCAAAGAGCCUGUAAGUCAGGUAAACACCGAAGCUCCUGAAGAUAAGGAGUGCAUACCCUCCACCGCAGAGCCUCACGCACCUGCUGCAGUGAGUACAGUGAGUGUGGAGAGCCUGUGUGGGAAUACAACUCCCUCAAAUGAGCGAGAAUAUCCACAGGAGGUGGACCUCCACAUUCCUGAACCGAGUAUCAGGAGGAGGAGGAGGAACUGGUUCGUCAGGGCGUUUAAAGGCAAACGUGCAGAUAAAAAGUUAAGUCAGGUAAACACCAAAGCUCCUGAUGAUAAGGAGUGUGUACCCUCCACUGCAGAGCCUGACACACUUGCUGCAGUGAGUGCAGUGACUGUGGAGAGCCUGUGUGGAGAUAUGACUCCUUCAGAUGCGCUAGAACAUCCACAGCAGAAGGACCUCCACGUUCCUGAACCGAGCGCCAGGAGGACGAGGAGGAGGAACUGGUUUGUCAGGAUGUUUGUAUGCGGACGUGCAGAGGAGUAGAGGUGUGUGGUUCACCCAGCCAUCUGUGGAGGGGAGAUCUCUCUUAGAAUUGCCCCUGCCGAGGUUUCUCCCUUGUUUGGCUGAUGGGAGUUUUUCCUCGUCUUCUCAGAGAGCUUGGGCUGGUGAGAACCAUCGUUGAUGUGGACUAGUGUAUGGCAAAUUGACAUGGCAAUGUAUAUAUUAUAUAUUAUAACAACAACAACAAUAAUAAUAAUAACAUUAUUAUUAUUAUUAUUAUUAUGAAUAAUAAUGAUGUGAAAUCAU